AUGCGAGCAGACAUCACCCUAUCGUUAUGCUCAGCGGGGGACAAGGUGGAUCUGAGAGUCUCAGCAGAGGACUCUGGGCGGACUCAGAGCUUCAUCAAAGAGCUCAGGCGUGUCAAGGAGCUAUCUAAAUCGAUCACGCCCACUCCACUGCGAGCCUCAUGGAUGGGCUACUAUCCUCUGGAGCCACCUACACGAGAGGAUGGGCUAGAUGAUGUAAUCCUGAGCAGUUCAGCCUCCGAUUCAACUUCUGCUCUGACUUCGCCCGCAUCGUCAGAAACCACACUGGCUACGCCCAUGACGGCCCUCAGUAUCGGGUCUCCGGGCGAUACCGCCAGCGCGACUCAGUUAGACGACUCGGAAGAAGAGCCGAGCCCGCUUGAUCCGACCUUCUCGCGAGUUGCCUAUCUCCGCGAGCAUAUCUACCGGUCCGAAGCAGAAUGGUCCAGUCGACAACCCAUCAAGCUACGAAUAGGUACUUACAACGUAAAUGACCGAUUACCGCCUAAAGAUACGGUGGAGCUGGCGCCUAUAGUCGGGGAUGGAGAGGACGACCUCCUUGUCUUCGGGUUCCAAGAAGUCGUAGACCUGAGAAGCCACGCCUUGCUCAUCUCGCAAGGAAACAGCCGAGCCGACGACUGGGCCGCAGCCAUCUCGCAAGGUUUGGGUGAGCAGGCGGAUGACUACACACGAUAUGUCGGUGUGCUGAUGCUUGUCUUUGUUCGCAAGACGCUACAGGAGGUUGUGACCGAGAUAGAGACAAGUGAGAGGGGGAUCGGCCUGCUUGGCUUUGGAGGAAACAAGGCGGGCGUAGCGGUACGGCUAAAGAUACACGAUACGGUCUUCUGCUUUGUCAACUCCCACUUGGCAGCUUUUGCCGACGCCCUCGACCGGAGACGGAGCGACUAUGCGUCUUUGAAAGCCAGCCUGAGCUUCCCGUCUGGUACAGGCACGGAAGAGACACUGGCGCUGGACGAGUUCCGUCCGGAAAAGUCUGGCCGCAGUCUGAGUGUAGAAGAUAGUCAUGCUCUGUUCUGGCUGGGCGACCUGAAUUACCGAGUCGAUGCUGGAGAUGAUGCGCUCAAGCGCUGGGUCAAGGCGAAAGAAUGGGGGUGGGUAUUGGAGAAGGAUCAACUCAAGUCGGACAUUACUUCGGGGAAGUCCUUUGGCAGUUACCAAGAAGGAGACAUUGACUUCCCUCCCACAUACAAGUAUAUCCAUGGCAGUACUACACCAGAUGACCGCCGCGCUCCGGCAUACACCGACCGAAUACUCUACAAAUCCCCCUCCGUGUCGACGAAGCGCAAGCGCGACGCGGCAUCCUCGUCUCCGCAAGAUCGACUGCCUGGAUCAUUCCCUCCGUCAAAGCCAAGCGCGCUCGCCGCUGAGCGUUCGAGCACCUCCUGCUCCGCCCAGACUAUCAAGUGCGAUCGAUACGCCUCACACGAGCUCGUGUGGUCCGACCAUCGGCCCGUCUCGGGGUCGUACACGACUGACGUCCGGGUGGCAGAUGAGGAGAAGCGGAAACAUGCCAUCGAGGAGGCGAGGCGGAGAUUGGAUCGCCUGGAGGAGAUGUGGAGGCCGUCUCUGCAAGUCGAGCGGACCGAGGUGGAUUUCGGGGAACUUAGGUGUGUGCAGACUUCGUCGCCCAUUGGGAACUGGGGCCGUCGGCUGACGGCCUACUUUAGAUAUCGCCGACAAGCAGUCCAAGAUAUAGUUCUGCGAAAUACGGGGAGGGUGCCCGCUGCGUUCUCAUUCCGCGAGCCAGGCGCGGGCAAGUCGAUAUGCAAGCCAUACUUCUGGGUAAUGCCCUCGUCAGGAGUUGUCGAGCCGGGUCAGGCUCUGAGCUUGAGGAUAGUCGCGUUCGUGGGCGAAGAUCACGCGAGGGACCUGACUGCUGGACAAGAUAUGAACGAUGUUCUCGUCCUUCAAGUCCAGGAGGGCAAAGACACUUUCAUAUCCCUCUCUGCGACAUUUGCGCCAACCAUCAUCGGUCUCCCACUCGAGAGUCUACCAUCCCUAUCGGGUCCUGUCCGCUCGUUACCCCUGCCAGAGCGUAAGCGGCUCGCUCAACCCCGCUCGAAGGAGGAUGGGGCGCCACCUACGCCAGCCAAGGCUGCGCUGUCAGACGGUAGCAUGGAAACCGGUACAAAGCCGGCCCGGGAGGUCUGGCGACUGCUGGAGGACCUGAUGGAGCGUGGUCCGGGGUCAGAGGGACUUUGCAUCGCCGAUGAGCGGGGAGACGUAGAAGACGAGGUACUGGCCAUCAUAGAAACAAUGGAUACCGGUGCGGCCUUCUCAACAGCCUCGUCCUCGGCCAAGGCAGUCUCGCUUGCUCUCCUACAUAUGCUCCAGUCCCUUCCGGAGCCGCUCGUACCUCGUCAAUGGCAACCGUUCUGCCUGGAGUCCAAGAGCCGAGACGAGGCAUUUGCGUGUCUUGAGGGAGUCCAAGGCGUCCAUACGAAUGUUCUGAUUGGCUUGAUGUCCGUGGUCCGGCUCUGUUCGUUGACUCCAAUGGCGGGCGAGCCGAGGACUGGCGAGACAGACGCUAGUCCAGUCGGUGGACUCAAGCCAGACCCGACACUUGAUCAUGAUCUGGUCGGUAUCUUGGCGGAAACAAUCUUUGGCUUGACUCCGCCUGAUGGGCCGAAUCUGGCAAGGAAUCAGGAGGGGCGGAAACGGUUCGUUAGGCUGUUGCUGGAGGGAUGA